ACACAAUCAACUAUGCAUACAAAUGUGCAUAUGCAGUUUGCAUUCCCAGGCAUGCAUGCAUGGCGGCAGCCCUGUGCACUGAAUGAUUUCAUUUACAAAGAGUGAAAAAUGUCAGCAUUAUUCGCUGUCUUCCCCUCCCCCCUCCUCUGCCCCUCUCCCUCCCUUCCGACAUCCUGAAUGUGUCUGCAGUAAUACAAUGAGUCCCUGAGGAGCUGUGAGUGGAAUCACUGAAGGAAACUGCUGCCUGUGCUUCCUCUGUUCAGCCCAGCCCUGUCCUCUGAACCCUGCACACAACGGCUGAAGCUAUGGGCAUGUCUGCGGAGGAAGAGGACUCCAGCAGCCCUAAAGAUGAGGAAUGGCCAGAAGUGGAGAAGGCUGAGAAGUUGGCAAGAGGAGCUGCCUUGAAAUGGGCUUCUGGGGUAUUUUACCACCCAGACAAGUUGGAGGGUCUUGGGCACUAUUGGAGGCGGGAAACGCAGCGGAACAACUCCAUCCAAUCCCGGCUAAAGUCGACUGUCCAGUCCUACCUGGAGGGGGUAAGUGCAGGCCUGGAACAGCUGUGCAUGGCUACUGAUGAAGUGCAGAGCGUGUGUCAAGAUCUGGGGACAGUGCAGUGGAACCUCUUGGGCAGUGCUGAGUGUUUCCAAAACCUUGAGCAGCUGCGAGCUGUGAUGACAGACCAUGUGCAGCUGGGCUUGGUGGUGCAGUCUCUUCCUCAGCUGGUCUCAGUACAUGAGCUCCUUUCUCAGACCCUCCAUCUCCUUCAUGAUCAGCAUCUCCUGGAAGCCCAUGCUGGGCUCAUGGUCCUAGAGCGUCUUCGUGAUAAUACCCUCUCCCAGCUGCAUCACAGCGACCUCUUGAAUGCCCAGGAUCUGGACAUUGUGGAGACCUACUUCAGUGGCCUGCAGAAGGUGAAUGAGGAGCUGACCCGGCAGCUGUGGAAUAUCAUUGGCAGGAGCAUGAAGCUUGUACAUGAGGACCCAGCCCUCUUUGUCUCUGCUGUGCGGAUUAUUGAGAGAGAAGAGAACAUUGAUGCCCUGUUCCUGGACACCCGCUCCCACCACUUCCUUCCCCCAGGACGCCCCAAAAGUUGGAGGCAGAAGUUCUACCAGGUCCUUCAGGAAACCAUCACUGUUGCCCAUUUUCAGGCCAGUCAUGCAGACAUGAAGGGCCCAGGGAUGGCUAGGCACCUAGCUGCUCUGCAGAGCAACAUCCUGGCAGAGCUGUGUGUGGUGAAGGACCUGAUGGUGCAGUGCUGUCCUGUGCACUACAAUAUCCUGAAUGUCUGCACCAUCAUGUACCAUCAGGGCCUGUCCAGUCACCUGCAGGACAUCCUCAGUUGGGACCUAGACAAACAAGAGAUCUUCAUCGUCCUUGACUGGGUUCUGCAUGUGUACCACAGCCCAGAAAUGAUGAGUCACCCUGACCUUCUUCCUGAGGUGGAUGUAUCAACUCUGGGCCCCCUGGUUCCUCCUGAGGUGGUGGAUCACAUGGAGAGGAAAUACGUGGUGAAAGUCAGAGGUAAUAUGACUGAGUGGAUGCAAAGGACACUUGAGGUGGAAUACAAAGAGUGGUUCAGGGAAGAGGAACCAGAAAUGGAUCAUCAGGGCUUCUUCCAGUCUGCCUUGCCAGUCAUUAUCAUGCAGAUGCUGAAUGAGAAUAUCCGGGUGGCCUCUCUGAUCACAGACUCUCUCCAGCAGAAGGUUUACACCAUGGCCAUGGAUGAGCUGGAGACCUUCCUGACCAGGUUGCGAGAGGCCCUGGUGGAGUAUGGGAAGGAGCACCAGCGAGACCGGGCCAAACCUAAGUAUUACGUCCCCUACCUCCUGGCUGUGCUCAACAACAACAUGGUGCUCAGCUCUUCCAUCUGCUCUCUGCACCCCAAUGGUGACUUGCUAUCUGAACCCAGGGAGAUCCCUACCUCCAUCAAGGCAGCACUGGACAGGACCCAGAAGAAAGCUUGCCAGCUGUUGCUGGAGGAGCUGCUGGUGGAUCUACAGCCCCUGUAUAUGCAGCUGCCUUCUCGCAAGUGGCUGUCUGGGUCCCAGCUGGUGAACAGCACGUGUGAGGUGAUAGACAAGUAUGUGAGAGACUUCGCCAGAGUCAGGAAACCCAUCUUCAAGCUCCUGCUGUCAGAGAGUGAGCACUUAGUUAUGAGUCAGUACCUCCGGGCACUCAUGCAGAAGAAGUUGGUGUGCAAGAGUGAGGAGGAGAGGAGCCAGUUCUCUCAUCGGCUGCUCCAGGAUGCUACACAGCUUGGGGACCUGUUCCACUCACUGGGCCUGGACAAGAGUGAACAGACCAUUGAGGUGAUAGUUGCGCUCCAGGAACUCAUCCGCCUCAAGGACCCAGCAUUGCUCAGUCUGGAGGUCUUGGGCUUUGUGACAAAAUACCCUGACAUCAGCGAUGAACAUGUGUCAGCCCUGCUGGAUCUCCGAGGCGAUGUCUCCAAAGAGGUCCGGAACAUGGUGAUGGAGAUGAUGGCACAAAAUCCGCAAGCCCUGCCUGAAAACUACCAGCCAAUCUUCAGUAACAUCCUGGUCCCAGGUCCAGAGCUGGCUUUCUGCCUUCGCAAGGGCAAGUGUGCCUGAUACCUGGUCAUGCAAUUAGGUUUUCUCAAGCUUUCUACCUGCCCUGGGACCUCUGAAUAAGGGACUGACUGUGAGCAGACCCCGAGGCCCACUGUGGGGUUAAUCAAAGACCACUGGGUCUGUGUACUGGUGCAGUGCAUAGUGUGGAAGGCACCACCUGACCUCUUGAGGCAGUGGGUGCAGCAUAAGGCUGGAAAAGCUGGAUAUUAGCCCUGCUGGGUGGGGAGGAUGGGGAAGAGACUGUCCCCUUGAUGCUAGGCCCCAGAGAGCCUUUGGUUGACUGUGGCCCCAGGCAUAUGAUCCUGGGCAGGGCUGGGGAGGGGACAGUGUCUAGGCCUAUUGCUGAGCUGUUCACUACCUGAUUCACCUCUGUCCCCUCGAGCAAUGGGUCUGGGCUUCCCCUUCAUGUUGCUGCUCAUGUUAUGCUCCAUAGUUUACAGGAAGGGAAGGGGGAGCCAAGGGAACAGCAUGGUCAAUGGCAGGCAAGCCUAGAAGCACCCAAACAACCAAGAUUGCUCCAGGAUUCUUCCCCACGUUCCUGCCACAAGUCACUCUGUCCACUGCACCUGUGAGUGUCCAAGUCUUUUGUUCUGUCUUUUUUUUCUUUUCCUGUCACUAAGCUAAGCUAUAGGCCUAAUAAACUUAGGGCUGCAACAGCAUUAUAACAUGUGCACUUCCUUUCUGCUAUGUUAUGUUAAACCUGCCAGCCAGCUAAAGCCCAUCAGGCCAGGCCACAUACUCUUCUCUCCCACCCUUUACAGAUGCAGACACCAACAGGUGUCCAUGGGGUUCAAGAGACCAGUUAGAGGGUAGUUAUGGAGAAAGCUUCCCCAGGGGCUGUUUCUUCACCACUGUCUGCUGAGUUCCAGUUCUUAUGCAGAGCCUUUGCCAUAGUCUCUGAGUACCUGUGAACUGUACCACGCCCUGCAAGCAAAGACAGAGACUGAAACAGCUCCUCAUACUAAGACUAAGCUGGCUGAAGCCCUACACUUCAGUGGGGCUGCUAUGGAGGUCCAACCCCUCUCAAGUGUAACAGGUUGUUCUCACCAUUCACAUGGAGGCAUGAGUCCUACUGAACUUUUGGCCUCAAAGGGCGUGUUUACACAUGCAUUAAGAUUCUUUUUCUAAUGCACAUUAAAUGUAGUACCUCCAAUAUGAGGUACUAAAUAAUGUGCAUUAAGCUGCAUUAAUGCACAGUAAUGAAUGCACAUGAUUUUUAAGAGACAUUUAAUGCACAGUAGCCUAUUUUACUGUGCAUUAGUGUAAUUCCACAUUUUUUUUAUGUGAUGCUUUGAGCAGUAAAGUAGCCUACUGCACAUUAAAGUACACAUGCAUACAUGCCCAAUGGCUCCUAGUGUCAGUGACUUCCUCAGGCUCAUUACAAAUCAUGUACAGAGUAGGUGUCUGAGCUGUUGCUGUGGGACCUUUCAGCUUAACUGAAUGUCCCAUUCUUCCUAUAGCCUUGGUAGUGGGCAGGAGCAGCCUGCAGUCUGCCUUCUCUCAACUCUUUAUUCUACAUACGUCUUGUCUCCUCUCAUCUGUGCUCUGAAUCACACCUCCAACUCUGCGUCAUCUCCUUACGAGCAGGGAAAGUCUAUGCUGCACCCAGUCUCCAGGCCAGGACGUACCGUUGAUCCACAGAAUAGUCUUAUAAUACAAAUUCCUCCAUAGCUGCUCAUUUUGCAUUCUAGCAUCUUAUUAGCUGCGCAAGGAGCAGAUGCUGGCUGAGUGGAUAUAGUGCUGUCCAGAUCUCUUUCCUAAGUGGCUGCAUUUAAUGUAGAUGCUAGCAUGUGUAGUUCGCAGUACUUCUAAUGCAAUUUGAGUGUAUUCAUCCACACCAGAGUCCACUCACCUUCAUGUUGCCCAUUGUCCUGCCUGGAGAGGGCCCUUUACAAGUCUGCAUAGGUGUGACUGACUUCUGCUUUUAUCACUUUUAGAUGUUGCCGUUUUCUUAUUACCCUUUCUCUAGGUCAUUUAUGACAACAUAGCCCCUAGCCAGAGACCUUUGUAGCCAUGGUGACAAAUGCUUAUUCAUUGCUAUGCUGUUUCUUGACUCCUAGCUAGCUCUGCCUUGCACCCCGUGGCUUCUCACCAUUGCCUUAGUCACUACCAGAGGCUUAGUGCCUCUGGUAACAGCCUUUGUCAAAGGAUUUCUGAAAGUGCAAGUAGCUGCACUGUUUUUGAUUUUCUCUGGGAAAGUUCAUAUAUAUCUACCCCAUUGCUGUAGCCACUUCUGUUUGGAUUGGCAACCUAGACCUGUGUUUUGUUGUUUGAUUAUGGUCUUUCUACACUUAAUCAAUAAACUAAUUGAAAUUGGUCA